AUGCAGCUGUCCUUUGCUGGGGUGAUUCUCUUCCUUGCAGGCUACUCCUCUGGGCUGGCUGCCCUGGAGCUGACUGGCCCCGGGGAGGUGGGCAGGCCCCUGGGCGAGUCGGUGUCUGUGCAGUGUCAGUACCAUGAAAGGUAUCAAGGAAAUAGGAAAUACUGGUGCAGAGGAACAGUUUGGAGAUCCUGUCACACAGCUGUUAAGACCACAGGGUCAGAGGCUGAGGUAAAGGGGGACAGAGUCUCCAUCAGAGACAACCACAGGCUGCGCACAUUCACAGUGACCAUGGAGACCCUGACGCUGGGAGAUGCUGGGAUUUACUGGUGUGGGAUAAGCAAAUUUGGAUUCGAUCCGGGGGUUCCCGUUAAGGUGACUGUUCUCCCAGGCUAUUUCUCUGCCCUGGCUGCCCCGGCACUGACUGCCCCUAGGGAGGUGAGCGGGCCCCCGGGGGGCACGGUGUCCGUACCGUGUCAGUACAGUAAAACAGCUCAGGGAUCUCAGAAAUACUGGUGCAGAGGAGCACAGUGGAACAGCUGCUCCAAAGUUGUUGAGACUGAAAAGUCAGAGGUCAAGGUGAAACAGGGCAGAGUCUCCAUCACAGACAAUCACACCACGCGCACAUUCACUGUGACCAUGGAGAACCUGACUCUGGAAGAUGCUGGGAUCUACUGGUGUGGAAUAAAUAUAAAAGGUGGAGGUGAUCCUUAUUUCCUUGUUAACGUGACUGUUCUCCCAGCUCUUUCCACUGCAGUGAUGGUAACCACUGGAUCUCUCGCCCCAGUAAUAGGCACAACAAACACAGCUGAGCACCCCAAAAGUUCUCCUUUCACCAGCGCUAUGUUCCUGCUGCCAAUGCUCCUGCUGGUUUUACUUAUAUUACUGAGCGGAGCCAUGCUUCUGGCCAGAAGAAUGAUGCUGAAGAGGAAAAAGGCUGCUGGAGCUGUUGGGCCUAGCGCAGCAGUGAAUGAGGCUGUUGCCAGCACCGAAAGUGAUGUUUCCUAUGCAGCUGUGAAACCUAAAUCUAGAAAAUCCAUCACCACAGCCCCAUCACCCCACUCCGCUCAGGCCGAGCCCAGUCCAGAAGGGGUGGAAUAUUCUGCUGUAGCUCCAGGAAUGACAGAUAUUUCUUACGCCACAGUGAAAUAUCCAAUCCUGGAUGAGCAGGCAAUCUACAUCAAUGUGGACAGGUCAUCCAGUCAACCCCCCUUGAGCAGCCCUCUGGAACAAACAGAGUACUGCGCAGUGAAAAAGAAAUAG